CUUGCACCGAAAUCGUCGUUGCAUCCUGUGGACCUUUGGCUUGUGACCGACGUUGCAUGCGCUGCAUAAAUUGCCAGUGAUCCGUUCCAUGCUGGUCAUUUCCCCGAGGCUGGUUGCGGCCCGCCCGGUUGCGCGCCCUGGUUGCUGCUUCCUCACCGAUAUAUAUCCCGCGUCUAGCAUGGCGCAGUCCAUUCCUCCCGAUGUCCCUCUUCACUCGCUUCGCCGUUGUCGCGUUCACCGCGUGCCGGCUGGCCGGCGCGCUCACCUACCACGGUGCCGACUUUUCUUCCCUGAUCAACCUGGAGAACGACGGCCAGACGUACAAUGACGGCGGCUCAACGCAGCCAUUCGAGAAGAUCCUGGCCAAUCAUGGUACCAACCUCGCUCGGAUUCGCAUCUGGACGAGCGACAGCUACGACGAGUAUAGCUUGCAAUACGGUUUAGACCUCGCCAAGCGCGCCUCGGCUGCUGGAAUGGCCAUCAUGGUUGACUUGCACUACAGCGAUACUUGGGCGGAUCCUGGAAAGCAAGCGACGCCGUCCUCCUGGCCCACCGACCUUGAUUCCCUCAACCGCUACAUCUACGACUACACCAAGGACGUCGUGACCCAAUUCUCGGAUCAGGGGACCCCCGCCGACUUCAUCCAGAUCGGUAACGAAAUAAACUCCGGGAUGCUCUUCCCCGCCGGACAGAUCUCCUCCAACGGCUACGAGGGUCUCUCACAACUCCUUCACUCCGCUGCCGCCGGCGUGCGCGACGCCUCUUCCAGCACCAAGAUCGUCGUCCACCUCGCCGACGGCUGGGACAAGUCGACCGUAUCCAACUGGUACUCGAAGGUCCUCGACUUCCAGGGCGCAUUCACCACGGACGACGUCGAUGUCAUGGGCUUCUCCUUCUAUCCUUUCUACAACACUGGCGCCACGCUAGCGAACCUCCGAAGCAGCCUGUCAUCAAUGCAGAGCACCUAUGGCAAGCCCAUCAUGGUCGUAGAAACGGAUUGGCCCACCUCAUGCAGCGGAGUCACCAUGAGCGAGUCCUCCAUUCCCAUCUCUGCGGCGGGCCAAGAAUCUUGGGUCGCUAGCAUUCGCGAAGUCCUCGCCGAUGUCGGUGGCACAGGAAUCAUCUACUGGGAGCCUGGCUGGAUAGGAAACGCUGGUCUUGGCAGCUCUUGCGCUGAUAAUCUCCUCGUUGAUUGGAAUACCAACGGGGUCAAGGGAUCCAUCGACAUGUUCUCUGAUUCGAUGUAAAGCGUCGUGCAAGCUGAAUAAAGGCAUAAGCUUCUAUCGACUGAAAUUCCAUUCUCUAUUUUGCACAUGCACGUCGGGAAUGCCGUCUAGUAUACAACCUAAGAUCUCUCCGCCGCAACUUCCUUCUCGAUGUGUUCCUUCAUAUCAUACGAGUUCAUCUCCGGAAUCGUCAACUUCGUCCACCCGUCCUUCUUAUCGAACGCGCUCGGCAGCCCGAGCGACGUGAACCCGAUGCGCUCGUUGAUGUCGUCGGUAGCAAGCCGGCUCGCGGUCUGCACCCGCGUCGCGCGCGGCUUACGGAUGCGCUCGUAC